AUGACUAGAGAACACCAAGAUGAUUAUCAGCUUGUUAGGAAAUUAGGCCGUGGGAAAUAUUCAGAAGUGUUUGAGGCUGUAAACAUUAACAACAAUGAAAAAUGUGUUGUCAAGAUCCUCAAGCCAGUCAAGAAAAAGAAGAUCAAACGUGAGAUUAAGAUCUUGGAAAAUCUUCGAGGAGGGACCAACAUUAUCACACUCCAGGCAGUCGUAAAGGAUCCUGUCUCACGUACUCCUGCAUUAGUGUUUGAACAUGUUAACAACACAGACUUCAAGCAACUUUAUCAGACGCUCAAUGAUUAUGAUAUUAGAUACUACUUGUAUGAGCUUCUUAAGUGGAAGCUGUAG